CUCUCCACUUCCCUCUCUUUUCAUUAUUACCUGUUGGGAAAUGCUGAUUUUACGUAAAAAUAAAUGUCAUCGCGGUAUACGACAACGUUGGAAAUAAGUGUGAAGCCACGCAGGUUAAUGAAACAGCUGUGGAGCUGCGACGAGUGGAGCAAAACGUUUCACAAGCAGACACACAUCCGUAAUAGAGGCUUACUCCGUUUCGGAACGAUGGUCUUUUUCCUUUUCCCGGAAUCGGUCGCUUGCGUUCUGUGCGACUGCACGCUCGACUAACAACCCCUCCGAACUUCGAAUUUCGUCGUUUUUUUAAAACUGAGCACGAACGUUAUCAUCGAAACAGAGUUAUAUUUAGUGAAAACUAAACGGUGUCUAAUUCGUCGUUUCUGUUCGAGGCCGAACUGUUAUCUCUGACUCAUGUAGACCUGUCGUAAUGUUGCCUGCCGGUUCGCUUUCACUGCACACCACAAACAUUUGUUUUGUUACGCACACAUACCAAGCAAAAGUUUAAAAAUAUUCACCCGUUGCAAAGGUGAAAACUUUUCAUUUGUCGAUUGACCAUGGAGCUGCAACAGUUAAUUGAACCGUCUGAUUUUAUUGAAGGUGUGCGCAGUCGUUGUGCCUUUAUGAAAAAUGACAUCACGGCCUUGUCAAAAGGCUGCCAGUUUUGGAAAGUUCGGUCCGGAACAGAUUGGUAUCUACGUCGGUUUUGGUUAGAUACGGAACGGAUGUGCCUUCGCUAUGUUCCUUCACAAAAACCGUUUUGGAAUUCAUGUCCAACGCACGUUGACUUGAUGGAUAUCACGGAGGUUCGACGAUGGAAAACGGAUUUUUAUCAACAAAUUGAAAAAAGAGGAAAUUCAAAAAAGUGGUUGGACUCGGCAUUGAGCAAAAAAAUGUGCUUCACAGUCGUAUUUGGUGAACGUGAAUACAAUCUAAUUGCUCAGGACGAAGACACGUCGAGCUUGUGGCUGUCCACUCUCAAAAGACUUGUCUGCAUUGUUCGGAGCGUUCACCAUGAAAAUCAAUAUUGGAUAUGGUUGAGACUGCAGUUUAGAAAGGCCGACGAGGACAGGACAGGGGCACUGACCUUUAAACAAGUGCGGGAUUUACUCGAACGGAUCAACAUCAAAUUGAGUCGCAAAUAUGCAAAGGAUCUGUUUAACGCUGUUAACGUGGACAAGAAACAGAUGAACGGAAAACAGGUUUUAGACUGCCAAGAAUUCCUCCAGUUUUUUCGUAACCUCACUAAAAGAUCCGAACUGGAAGAGAUUUUUGAAACAUAUGCUGUUUCGGAUUCGGCAGCCAUGACCGCUGAUGAGUUGAAGAUCUUCCUGGCUCAGGAACAGUUUUUGGCUGUCGAUACACUCCAAGCAAACGCCCUGAUUUCCAAACACGAAGUCUCUGACGCCAAACAAGAAGGACUACUCACCAUAGCUGGUUUUACUUCAUUAAUGAAAUCAUAUGAUAUCGCUAUCGAAGACCACCAAAAACUGUUCCAAGAUAUGAAUCAGCCGUUGUCCGCUUAUUACAUAGCGUCCUCUCACAAUACAUAUUUGAAGGGUAACCAAUUAACCAGCAAAAGUAGCGUGCAAGCAUAUAUAAAGGCUUUGGAGCAAGGCUGCCGUUGUGUUGAACUGGAUCUUUGGGAUGGUCCUGCCGGAGAUCCGAUCAUCUACCAUGGACAUACUUUAACAUCUCAAGUAAUGCUAACGGAUGUUCUGAUUGACGCUAUAAAGCCCUACGCUUUUAAAGUUUCACCAUACCCACUGAUUCUCUCUCUGGAGUCCCACCUUUCGAAAAAGCAAACAAGGAGACUGGCCUUCUUACUCAGCGAUAUUCUUGGAGAUAUGUUGUAUGCAACGCCCGUUGAUGAUUCAAUGAAAGCGCUGCCAACUCCCGAAGAAUUAAAAAAUAAAAUCAUCAUCAAGGCCAAAAAACUUUCUGGACAAACCGAUGGUGAAUCAGAAGCCAACGAAAGUAGCGAUGACGAAGAAGAUAAAAACGAAAGUGACUUCGACGAUUCUGAUGAUCCAGCUGAUGGAGUUAAAUCGAUGGAUAAUACCGUUUCAGCUUCGUAUGUAAUAGAAGAUUUAGAUUCAUUAGCCGAUAAUACAGCGAAUGUCGGGCGCUCACCAGAGGAAUGUGAUUCAUUGACGAAUAAAGUCACCCCAGAAGAACUUUCGACUGAAUACGCAACGAGAGACAAAGAAAUACGAAUGAAGAAUCAAGAAAUGGAAAAUCAAAGAAAGUUGGGAAGUUCGGAUAUUGCAAAGUCAUCAGAUCAAAAUUCAAGUGACGUUACGGACAGUGAUGACCAAUUGUACAAUCUGUCAGAUUUAGUAAAUAUUUGCGAAGCGAAAAAAUUUGGUGGAUUUCAUCAAAAUAUCGAAACAGGUCGAUGUUUUCACAUCUCGUCACUUUCGGAAAUAAAAGCAAAAAAACUAAUUCGCCGUGAGCGAUCGAGUUUCAUUCAGCAUACCAGUAAUCAACUAGUGCGGAUAUACCCGAAAGGCUCGCGAACUGACAGUUCGAACUACGACCCAUCACAGUUUUGGAGCGCAGGCUGUCAGAUAGUUGCUUUGAACUACCAAACAAGUGGAAUCUAUAAAGUUAUCAACGAGGCAUUUUUUCAAGUUAACGGAAAGUGUGGAUAUGUGCUUAAGCCAGCCGUAUUGCGUAAGCCAAAAAUAGGUGAAAUUCCGGAAGCGGAAGCUGGAUUAUCGGGUAGUAAGGUUGUUCGACUUCAAAUUAUAAGUGGACAAAAUCUCCCAAAAUUUGAAAAGAAAGUCAUUGAUCCCUAUGUUACGGUUCAAAUCAUGGGUCAUCCGGCUGAUCGCCUUAAAUUCAAAACAAAGCACGUAGACGAUAAUGGCUUUAAUCCCUGUUGGAAAGAGACGACCGAAUUUCGAUUACGGCAGCCUGAAUUAGACCUUCUUGUUAUUUCGGUUAGGGACAAAGAUCCUAUGUCGGACGAUGAUUUAGUUGGUGUAAAGGUAGUCCCAAUUAAAAGUUUAAAAUCAGGUUAUGGACAUAUUUGCCUAUUGUGUCGAGAAGGAAAUCCAAUCCCGAACGCAACUAUAUUCCUUCAUGUAUCAAUUCGUGAUUUGCCUUCUGCAUAGUAGGAUUCUACUAGCACUUCUUCCGUACUUGGUUUGAUGCCGUGCGGUAGGCGACCAUAAAAAAACUAAUUAAAAAACUAUCCAAUCCAGUCCUCAAUAAUAACAAACGUCCUUUUAAUUACUGAAAAGCUUUUUGCGGAUUGACUGCUGAUGUUAUGUCAAAUCAUUUCCUUACCCUUAUGUCUAAAACUGUCCUUUUUUUGUUAAAAAAAAUAUAAAUACAUGUUUGUGAAUAAUUGAAUCAAAUUAAUGAA